AUGAACAGAAAAGAAUUAUACGAAAUGUUUAACCAUGGAGAACCCGCAGACACAGGCUCUGUAGACAUGGACGAGGCCGAAUAUAUUCGGCUAUCUUACAUUACCAACUUUUCAAGGGAUGACAUUCUUCUGGAUCUAAUUCCAAGAUACAAGUCUUCAUACAGUCCUGAGGGCACCCGGUUCUUUGUUGAAACGAUAGCCAUGAUUGUGGAUAAUCCAAGGAUGGCAGGAUGUGUAUUCAGCCCUAUUUCCCUCACAACCCUUGUUGUGAAUUCUUUUGGGACAUCAUACUUUGAUGUUAUGGAUUGCUUUGAAAGGCUAAGCGAAGUCGAAGGGAUGCCAAAAAAGGUAUUCCUUCCGAUGAUCUACGGACUGUCGUUUAGAUGUUCUAAAAUGGAUGCUACAUCAAAUAUAGCCAGCUAUAGCUCUGCACUUGAAACACUGGCAGGUCUCCCUAGUGUUCUUGAAGAACUUAAGAACGAAGUCUACUGGGGCCUGUGUGACCUUAGACCUGGAAGAGAUGUUGUUCUUGACUUUCCUGUGUACUCUGGGUUUGCUUGUGCCUUUCCUUGCUUUCUUGAUGGAUUCUUCGAGCCUUUCAUAUACAAGAAAUGUGACUAUGCAACACCUGCCCACGACUACCUUGGGAUUUCUAUGAGGGAAGUGGUGGAGAAGUCCCGGAGAUCGUACCAUUCCCUCUGUGAUCAUUCUUACAAGAUGCAUCAAAUAAUAUACUCGAUCAUAAGAUCUUCGAAAGAAUUGAGGAUUAAUUUCAUGAAAUAUGUAUGCAAGGUCAUAUCGGUGAGUAAAGAAAGGAAUAAGACUGUUUUCAACUGGAGAGAAAAUAUAAGCGAUGGGUUUGCAUACAAUAUGUCCAUGGUCAUGAGCAGGUUUAAUGGAAAGAUAAUUGACAGAAACAUGACCGAUAAAAUAAACCCAGAGAGUGUGGAAGAGAUCUCUGUGGAUUCAUUUCCAACAUUCUGCUACUUCUCAAAGAUCCAUCUACAGUUUACAUCCUGUGUCAAGUUUGGAGAAUACAUUAGAAGCCUUGCUUAUGAAUACAGGCUCCUCGAUGGAGACGGAGGAGAAAGAAUAGAGGCAUAUAGAAAAGGAAUCGACUCAAAGAUGAGUGCUUUGAACGGUCUUCUUUUUAUGACAGAUCUCUUUUCAGACGAGAAGGCAUUUACGGAUUUCAUGACCGAAUACACUGCAGAAACUGAGUACCCAUGGCCAGACUACUACUAUAGGACACUCCUAUGGAUGCAGGAGAUGACUAUUGACAUCAUGAAGUCGGCAACAAUUUCGAGUUCAUUGAAUAAGGUUAUGGAGAAUAUCAUGGACUGGAAAAGUCCUCUUUUUAAGAAAGAGGUUGUGAAGAUACUAAGCCAUCGAAGCAACUCCAUAAAGUUCACCAUGCUCAAUCGGGUGAUAGAUUACUAUAACUCUUUGGGGAGAGAUGAGAUGAGGAUGGAACCUAGAAGCAUAAUCCAUUCUAUCUUCAAGGAGGGAAGAGUGUUUGCUAAAAUGAAUGUUUGCAGAAGAAACAUCACAUUCAUCAACUGCAUGAUGAAGGACUUUGAAUACAGCUUGUCUGAGGGUCUUUCUUCAAUCAAGGAUAUAAAGGAAGACAUGAAGACUGUUGAAGAGCUUAGCAGGGAACUGGAAGAAGUUAAGAAAAAGAACUCCGAAAUCAAAAAGGCAGAGUCGAUCAACGAAAGAAUAAUUUCCAUGAAGAAGAGUAUCCGUUUCUCCAAAAGUAAGGCAAGAAACUCCUUCCUAUAUGUUGAUGGGUGCUUUGACUUGUUUAUGCAUAUCCUCGACGAAAAGCCUGACUUGUUUUUGGUGGAAGAGAUGAUCUCGAACUUUGUGAGAGUUCUGAAUUGCAAUCUGAAAGUGAUUGCAGGGCCUAGAUGCACAGACCUUGUGAUCAAGUCUCCAGAGCAGUACGGCUUUGACGCUAAAAACCUCCUGAGGAGAAUGGUCAUGAUCUAUAUAAAGAUUAGGAGCUCUAAGUUUGUUGAGAUGGUGGCCAAUGACAAGAUGUACUUUGACAUUGAGUUCUUCCGCACAGCUCUUCGGAUAUGCGAGAAUAAGUAUCUCAUCAACGAGUCUCAGUUGGAAGAGCUGAGAAGCCUUAUCUCUGAUCUGGAGAAAGUCGAGGUGGUGGAGAAGAUCGAGUCUGUUCCUGACGAGUUUAUUGAUCCACUAACGUUCAACCCAAUAAGAAAUCCAGUGAAGCUCUUGACUUCUCGGAUAACUGUAGACAAAUCCACAUACGAUAUGUUAAUGAUGAAUGGAGGAAUGGAUCCAUUCAACAGAAUGCCUCUUACAGAGGACAUGGUUGUGGAGGAUUCCGAACUCAAAGAGAAGAUAGACAGAUACUAUAGCUAUAGUAGUAAAGGGAAAGAAAUCUGA